CAUUUUAUUUAGAUUUAUAUAGAAAUUAACCAUUUAAUAUGACUAUUACCAAUAAACCUAUUUAUUCUUCACUCGAUGGGGUUGAAAUAUUAGCACCCAUUAAGUCUACUCCAGAUUAUUUACCAGCUACUACUACUCAAGCUGAUAUACUUACUAAAUCUUCAUUAUCAUUUGUUGUAUUAUUACAUCGUACUUUCAACAAAACUAGAUUGCAAUUGUUGCAAAAUAGACUUGAUGUCCAAGCUAAAUUAGAUUCUGGUCUCUCACUUGAAUUCUUAAAGGAUGAUUUAUCAGUUAAACUUCAACAAGACCCUGUAUGGCAAGGUGCUGUACCUGGUUUAGGUUUAACUGAUAGAAGAACUGAAAUUACUGGUCCACCAGAUCGUAAAAUGGUUGUUAAUGCCUUAAAUACUCCUGUUAAGACUUAUAUGAGUGAUUUCGAAGAUUCUAACUCUCCUACUUGGUCUAAUAUUUUAAAUGGUCAAGUUAAUUUAUAUGAUGCUAUUAGACACCAAAUUGAUUUUGUUAAUGAAGAUAAUGGUAAACAUUAUAAGGUUAAUUUUGAUGACGAAACUAGAACUAUUCCAACUCUUAUUGUAAGACCAAGAGGUUGGCAUAUGGUUGAUAAGCAUAUUUUAAUUGACGGUGAACCAGUUAGUGCUUCAAUUCUUGAUUUUGGUCUUUACUUUUAUCAUAAUGCAAUUGCUUUAAUUAAACAAGGUUAUGCUCCUUACUUUUACUUACCAAAAAUGGAACAUCAUUUAGAAGCUAAAUUAUGGAAUGAUAUAUUUAAUGUUGCUCAAGAUAUACUUUCAAUUAAAAGAGGUACCAUUAGGGCUACUGUACUUAUUGAAACUUUACCAGCUGCUUAUCAAAUGGAAGAAAUCAUUUAUCAAUUAAGAAAUCAUUCAGCAGGAUUGAAUUGUGGUAGAUGGGAUUAUAUCUUUUCUACCAUUAAAAGAUUAAGAAAUGAUCCAACUAAGAUAUUACCAAAUCGUGAUCAAGUCACUAUGACUGUACCAUUCAUGAGUUCAUAUUGUAAAAGAUUAAUUCAUAUAUGUCAUAAACGUCAAGUUCAUGCUAUGGGUGGUAUGGCAGCUCAAAUACCAAUAAAGAAUAAUGAGCAAGCAAAUACUUUAGCUAUGGAAAAGGUUUCUAAUGAUAAAUUAAGAGAAGCCAAUAUGGGUUAUGAUGGUACUUGGGUUGCCCAUCCAGCUUUGGCUCCAAUUGCUAAUGAUAUUUUUAAUAAAUAUAUGCCAACUCCUAAUCAAAUGCAUAAAUCAAAUCCAGAUCCAAAGAUUUCAGAAUUUGAUUUAUCUAAUACAGCAAUUGAAGGUGGUAUUAUUACAACUGAUGGUAUUAGACAAAACUUGUACAUUGCCUUAUGUUAUAUUGAAUCCUGGAUUAGAGGUAUUGGUUGUGUACCAAUUAAUAAUCUUAUGGAAGAUGCAGCUACUGCUGAAGUUUCAAGAUUAAUGUUAUAUUCAUGGUGUAAACAUCAAGUUGAAUUAUAUGACACUAAAGAAAAAGUUUCACCAUCAUUAGUGGAAAAUUUAUUAAAUGAAGAAGUUUCUAAAUUAACACAGAAAUUCCCAGCUUCAAAGAAUUAUAAAUUUGAAAUUGCUGCAAAUUAUUUAAGACCUGAAGUUACCGGAAAAUCAUUAUCUGAAUUCUUAACCACUUUAAUUUAUGAUGAAGUAGUUGAAACUGGUGAACCAAUUAAUUUAAAUACUCUUAAGUGAUUUAUAUCUAUUAUAUCUAUGUAUAUCAAUU